AUGUUAACUGGUACUCGACUUUCUUAUACUUCUCCUUCACUGACACCACCACCUCCUACACCUCCAGGUCCACCUGAAGAUCCUUUACCAAAACCACCGCCCUUUAUAAACUCACCAAUUGAAAAUUUACCCCCACCUGAUAAAACUGGAUCUUCAAUUAAUUUUCCUUGGCUUUAUAAUGAUCAACCACCUAGAAUAAUACAAUAUCCAUAUCAUACGGCAGAAUUUAAAAGAAUUUUAUUAGCAAAUCUUUUACCUUUAGAGUUACAACAUAAAUUAUGUAAAUGGUUCGUUAUAAGAUUUCUAAGACGAUUACUACCAGAAACUUAUUUUCCUGACGAAUUCAUGUUAGGCGCAUCGUUAGCCGUACAACAGAUAUGUGCAUCACUUUCAAGUCCAUCUAAUCGGGAACAAUUAGAAAAUAUGUUUACUCCAAGAUUAUAUAAUCGCUAUAUUACUGAACUUGAUAAAUUAUCAACCGAGAAAUCCACAAUAAAAAUAAAAUUAUCAAAAAUUUAUAAUUUAAAUAUACGUGAUAUUUGGUUAAACACUGGAGCUUCAGAAUUAUAUUCAGAUAAUAACAAAAAUAAAAAUAAAGACGAUGGUUUUAUUUUUGAAUGGAUGACAAUUAAAUUAGGUGUCAAACAAUCAUCAUCAAAAGAUGAAAACACUAAUACAUCAUCACCAUCGACAACAUUUAAUGAAGCAAGACUUAGAACAUUAAAAAGUGUUGAAGAAGGAAUAAGAUUUAAGGUGGAUGUAGAAGUAGAUGCUGAUGUUGAUUAUAUUUUAAAAACAAAAGAUAACGUAGACUUGAUAAAUGAUCAAUCAAGAAGAAUU